AUGGUAGUUUACCUAGACGACUUCCUCUUGAGUCAUCCGGACCCAGUCACGCUGCAAAACCAAUCGCGGUUUGUAGUUCAAAAACUAGAAGAGCUCGGCUGGGUAGUAAACAAGAGAAAAUCCCAACUGAAACCAACACGGUGCUUAGAAUAUUUGGGCAUAAUCUGGAACACCCUCGAGAACAAAAAGAUGCUCUCAGACUCCAAGACCGGGAAAAUAAAAUCCCUAAUCAAAAAACUCGUCAUCAGAAAACUCUGGAGCUGGAGAGAAGCAAAGGUUCUUCUAGGAAAACUAAACUUUGCAUCGUUCACGGUUCCGUUAGGAAGACUACAUUGUCGAUGGAUGCAGAUAGACUCCAACAAACUUCUGAAGUCAAUGCGACACACAAGACGCCCGAUAUCAGAUGCAUCCCUGACCGAACUGGAUUGGUGGGUAAGAAAUAUAAAAAGAAGUACAGUCAUACACCAAUCCAAACCAGAUACGUUCAUCACCACCGAUGCGGCAGAUGCCGGAUGGGGUGCAAUAGCGAACAACCAGAAAUUGUGGGGUCGCUGGGACGCAGAACAACAACAAUGGCACUGCAACCAGAAAGAACUGUGGGCUCUCUACGAAACUAUCAAAUGGUUAGGAUCAUCUCUGAGAGACGUGGUGGCCAUAUGGCAAACGGACAAUCGAACGGCAGCGGCUUAUGUAACCAAACAGGGGGGCACAAAAACAAGAAAGCUUUUAGAAACGACAACAGAAAUCCUUCGGUUGUGCGACCGUUACAACUGCUCCCUCAUAGCUCGCUACAUUCCAGGGCCAUACAACGGACUGGCAGACAGUCUCUCGAGGUCGAAAAACUUACCAGAGUGGCACCUAAAACCUUCGAUAACGAAAGUGGUGUUUCAGAUCCUGGGCACUCCGGAAAUAGACUUGUUCGCGUCAGUAAGGUCAGCAGUGGUGCCGAACUACGUGUCAGAGGACGCUACGGACAUGAGGAGUCGGUUUACGAAUGCCUUCAGCCGAAGUUGGCAGUACGAACUGGGUUGGAUAUUCCCACCUCCGGCACUGAUUCCAAGGAUCUCCCUCAUCACCUUGUGGAUCUCGAGACCAACCUACCACCACCAGGAAUAA